AUGGAAACCGCCAAGAACGCCGCAAACUACGUCUCCGAGUCCGUUCAGGGCGCCACCAACCAGGGUGCGAAGGAGGCCAACAAGAACGUCGCCAAGGACUCUGACACCAGCCUUGGUACUCGCGCAAGCGCAGCCAAGGACGCCGCUGUCAACAAGAAAGACGAGACGGUGCACAACACCAAGGCCGACACCAACAAGGAGGCUGCGAAGCACUGA